GCAGGAAGAAAAGUUUCUAUGCUACGUGUCCAAGCUUUUCUCUCCUCCGUCUCCUCCAUUCACUGCCAUUUACGCUCAGCCUCCUCCAGCCUGAAGGUUGUUGAUACUCGACCUGAACGCAGAGCCGCGGCAACCAUGUCCGGGACCAAGAAACAGAAAACGAAUUUCCAGAGGGCAACCAACAUUGUGUACCAGGCCCACCAUGUGAGCAGAAGCAAACGAGGCCAAGUUGUUGGAACAAGAGGAGGCUUUCGAGGCUGCACUGUCUGGCUGACAGGGCUGUCAGGAGCAGGGAAGACGACUGUUGGCUUUGCUCUGGAGGAGUACCUAGUUUCUCACGCCAUUCCAUGCUACUCUCUCGAUGGGGACAAUAUUCGGCAUGGCCUGAACAAGAACUUGGGUUUCACUGCGUCAGAUAGAGAAGAAAACAUCCGCCGUAUUGCAGAGGUGGCCAAGCUGUUUGCUGACGCCGGCUUAGUGUGGAUCACCAGCUUCAUCUCUCCUUUCACCAAGGACCGAAAUGAAGCAAGGAAGAUCCAUGAGAAUUCAGGGCUGCCUUUCUUUGAGGUGUUUGUGAAUGCUCCGCUGGAAGUGUGUGAGAGUAGGGAUGUCAAGGGGCUUUAUAAAAAGGCCCGUGCUGGAGAGAUUAAAGGCUUUACAGGGAUUGAUUCGGAGUAUGAGAAGCCAGAUUCCCCAGAGCUUGUGCUGAAGACAGGAGAACUCACAGUGAAUGAAUGCAUUCAACAACUGGUGGAGCUCCUGAAGGACCAGGGAAUUGUUCCCAGUGGUGUAACCGAGGAGGUCAAUGAGCUGUUUGUCCCUGAAAACAAACUGGACCUGGCACUGAGUGAUGCCAACAUCCUGCCUACUGUAACCAUUACCAAGUUGGAUCUUCAGUGGGUUCAGGUGCUGGCUGAAGGAUGGGCCACUCCUCUGAAAGGAUUUAUGCGGGAAAGGGAGUUUCUGCAGGUCCUUCAUUUCAGCACCUUACUUGAUGGUGGGACCAUUACCCUGUCUGUACCCAUCGUGCUGCCAGUAUCCAAGGAGGACAAAGAAAGGCUGGAUGGUUGUGCUGCUUUUGCGUUGGAGUAUAAGGGUCGCAGAGUGGCCAUCUUGCGGAACCCUGAGUUUUACGAGCAUCGUAAAGAAGAACGCUGUGCACGGCAAUGGGGCACCACAUGCCCGCAGCACCCUUACAUCAAGAUGGUUCUUGAAGGUGGUGACUGGUUGGCUGGACAUUUAGAGGUGUUAGAGCGAAUCAAAUGGGACGAUGACUUGGAAUACCGCCUCACACCGAAGGAGCUUCGACAGAGGUUUAAAGAAAUGGGAGCAGAUGCCGUCUUUGCCUUCCAGCUGCGUAACCCAGUGCACAAUGGUCACGCCCUCCUGAUGCAAGACACCAAGCGCCGUCUGCUGGAGCGUGGCUACAAAAACCCAGUGCUCCUACUGCACCCGCUAGGCGGCUGGACCAAGGAGGAUGACGUACCUCUUGACUGGCGCAUGAGGCAGCACGCUGCCGUGCUGGAGGAGGGUGUGCUGGAUCCAACCACCACGAUUGUGGCCAUCUUCCCUUCACCUAUGAUGUAUGCUGGCCCUACAGAGGUGCAGUGGCACUGCAGGGCCAGAAUGAUUGCUGGUGCCAACUUUUACAUCGUGGGCCGUGACCCUGCAGGCAUGCCGCAUCCGGAGACCAAACAGGACCUGUAUGAGCCCACACAUGGAGGCAAAGUGUUGACCAUGGCCCCGGGCCUCACUUCUGUGGAGAUCAUUCCUUUCAGAGUUGCUGCUUACAAUAAAGUGAAGAAGGCAAUGGACUUUUAUGACAAAGAGCGACAUGACGAGUUUGAGUUCAUCUCUGGGACCAAAAUGCGAAGACUGGCCCGCAGUGGAGAAAACCCUCCAGAUGGGUUCAUGGCACCAAAAGCAUGGAAGGUUCUCACAGAAUACUACUUAUCUCUGCAGAAAGACUAAUGUGUAGGCCAGUACGUAUUGGGUCCACUUGCAUUAUGUACAGGCCGGUAUGCAAUACACAAGGUCAUCUUGCAAUCUGUAA